CUCUCUUUCUCUCUCUCUUUCAAUUUCAUUUUAUGAUUAUGGAUUUUUUUGCCUGCAUGCAUGUCUGUGCACUAUAGUGCAUGCCUGGGGGACAAAAGAGAACACCAGAUUCCUUGUAGCUAAAGGUUUCAUAUGGCUGUAAGCCCCCAUGAAGGUGCUAGAAAUCAGACUCAGGUAAUCUGAAAGAUCAACCAUCUCUUUAGCCCUUUGCUGAGUUUACCAUCACCUGUGGGUACCCUUGGUUACUCAGUAACCUCAGGUAAGUUGAGGAUCCUUACUUCUUUCAGAGGCUCCCACAAUCAGUGGUCCCCUGUGCUGUCAUUUCCGAAGCAUGCAAGACUUGUUGGCAUCUAUGUUUGAGUUUCAGAGCCUAUCACCACAUUUCCUCUUUAUUACCUGCAUGGAAUACACACAACAUUGCUAGCUACUUUGUAGCAUAUCUAAGGAGUUGCUGCUCUCCCAGCCUGUAAGUUCCAUGAAAGCUUGGAUGGUUCAGGGCCUUGCAUGUGGCCAGUCUUAGUAACAGCUGACUUGAAAGAGAAGAGAGUUUCUCUCUGAGCAGAGGCAACUGCAUCAGGAUAGACAAAGACUGAGACAGCUUGAGGUUUGGAGUGAGGCUGCAGGGCUAGGUGGGAUAGACUAGGGUUGGUACUGGUGGCUUGGGCAGGCAUGACAAAGCACUGACACCAAGUUAAGGAGACUGUGCUUGCUAUAAGGUAAUGGAUGUCAUGGGAAAUUUUAAGUGGAUUUAAAGAAAACUUUCUCUUUUUCUUCUUUCUUUUUGAUUUAUUUUGAACUUUUGAAACGUGGUCUGGCUUUGAGUCCCCUGCCUCAGCCUCUUGUGCAUACUUACAGGCAUGAACCACCAUACCUGGUUUCUCAUUUGUUUUGAUAAAAUGUAUUGCCUUGACAACUGUUACAUAAUUAAACACAUACACACACACACACACACACACACACACACACACACACACAAAACCCUAAGCGAGGCAGAGGGUUUAAACAAUGAAAGUAUUAUGGAGAGUGGAAUCAUAGUCUUUCCUUGGGACAUAAAGCAUUAAGUUGAAGUCCCCAUCCCCACAGCUUAUGGCAGGGCUACUGAAUCUUUAAAUAUCUGUAUAGGCACUCAUAUCUGUACCUUCAGAAACAGUCAAGCCACACUGAGCAUGCUGCUGCUGUGUGUAUUGUGUGUGUCCUGAAUAUCUUUGGGUGGGUUUAAGAAUUGUCCUCUGGAAGCCCAGCCCAGUUCAUGAUCUUCUUUCUUUAUUGGAUCCAGGUCAUUGAGUUUCUGGGCUGUAUCACAUGGUUUCUGGGCUGUAUCACAGAGAUUCUGGGCUGUAUCACACGGUUUCUGGGCUGUAUCACAGGUUUUCUGGGCUGUAUCACAUGGUUUCUGGGCUGUAUCACAGGUUUUCUGGACUGUGUCACAGGGUUUCUGGGCUGUAUCACAUGGUUUCUGGACUGUAUCACACGGUUUCUGGGCUGUAUCACAGGGUUUCUGGGUUGUAUCACAGGGUUUCUGGGCUGUAUCACAUGGUUUCUGGGCUGUAUCACAUGGUUUCUGGGCUGUAUCACAGAGAUUCUGGGCUGUAUCACAUGGUUUCUGGGCUGUAUCACGGGUUUUCUGGGCUGUAUCACAUGGUUUCUGGGCUGUAUCACAGGUUUUCUGGGCUGUGUCACAGGGUUUCUGGGCUGUGUCACAGGGUUUCUGGGCUGUGUCACAGGGUUUCUGGGCUGUAUCACAGGGUUUCUGGGCUGUAUCACAGGGUUUCUGGGCUGUAUCACAGGUUUUCUGGACUGUGUCACAGGGUUUCUGGGCUGUAUCACAUGGUUUCUGGACUGUAUCACAGGGUUUCUGGGCUGUAUCACAUGGUUUCUGGGCUGUAUCACAGGUUUUCUGGGCUGUGUCACAGGGUUUCUGGGCUGUAUCACAUGGUUUCUGGGCUGUAUCACAGGGUUUCUGGGCUGUAUCACAUGGUUUCUGGACUGUAUCACAGAGAUUCUGGGCUGUAUCACAUGGUUUCUGGGCUGUAUCACAGGUUUUCUGGGCUGUGUCACAGGGUUUCUGGGCUGUAUCACAUGGUUUCUGGACUGUAUCACACGGUUUCUGGGCUGUAUCACAGGGUUUCUGGGCUGUAUCACAGGUUUUCUGGACUGUGUCACAGGGUUUCUGGGCUGUGUCACAGGGUUUCUGGGCUGUAUCACAGGUUUUCUGGGCUGUGUCACAGGGUUUCUGGGCUGUGUCACAGGGUUUCUGGGCUGUAUCACAGGGUUUCUGGGCUGUAUCACAGGUUUUCUGGACUGUGUCACAGGGUUUCUGGGCUGUAUCACAUGGUUUCUGGACUGUAUCACAGAGAUUUUGGGCUGUAUCACUUGGUUUCUGGGCUGUAUCACAGGUUUUCUGGGCUGUGUCACAGGGUUUCUGGGCUGUAUCACAUGGUUUCUGGGCUGUAUCACAUGGUUUCUGGGCUGUAUCACGGGUUUUCUGGGCUGUAUCACAUGGUUUCUGGGCUGUGUCACAGGGUUUCUGGGCUGUGUCACAGGGUUUCUGGGCUGUGUCACAGGGUUUCUGGGCUGUGUCACAGGGUUUCUGGGCUGUGUCACAGAGAUUCUGGGCUGUAUCACAUGGUUUCUGGGCUGUAUCACGGGUUUUCUGGGCUGUGUCACAGAGAUUCUGGGCUGUAUCACAUGGUUUCUGGGCUGUAUCACAGGGUUUCUGGGCUGUGUCACAGGGUUUCUGGGCUGUAUCACAGAAGGCCAAGACAGGGAUGGCCAUGUCUUCUAUCCUAAUGUGUCUUCUGUCCCUCUCUAUUUCUGGAACACAAUAAGUUCCUUUUAAGUUGGAGUCCACUGUAUGCUGGUUCUCUGUUGAACUUCCUCUCUUUUUGUUUUCCACAACACUGAGCUUUUUGUUUGUUUGCAUCCAUAUAAGUAAUGAUCAUAUAUUUAAACAGCUAUACAAUCUACAUUUAUAUAAAUCAAUCAAAAGAAAAACAAGGGGCACCAAUCCACCUGCCUCUGCCUCCUAAGUGCUGGGGUCAAAGGUGUGCGCCACCACUGCCCAGUUAAGUUAGAAAUUAUUAACCAGAAAUUAUUUUGUUCCUCACACAUACUUUUUUCCUUGGCUGUUAACAAUUUUUUCGAUUUACUAUUUUUUAUUUCAUAUUUUUUUAUUUACAUUUCAAAUGUUAUCCCCUUUCCUUGUUUCCCCUCUGAACCCUGCCCCCCCCCCAUCCCAUUCUCCCUCAUCAGCCCACCAACUGCUAUUUCCCUGUCCUGGCAUUCACCUACACUGUGGCAUUGAGCCUUCUCAGGAACAAGGGCCUCUCCUCCCAUUGAUUUCCAACAAGGCCACCCUCUGCCACAUGUGCAGCUGGCGACAUGGUCCCUCCAUGUAAAAUGGCAACCAACAAAUUGGGAAAAAAUCUUUACCAACCCUAUAUCCAAUA